AUGAGCACCCCACAAGAUCCUCUUCACGCCAGUAUCGAGCGGACGUACCGGCAAGUGUACAGCGAGUACCAUAAUCACAAACCCCAUUUCACCGAAACUCUCCCCUGCUAUCUUGCAGCCACCAACGUAUCGGCCGAAGUAGACGAUGCCAUCAGCGACUACUUCGAACAGUGGUACGAUCCUCAUCAUGCCACCGUGCUCGAGAACAGCUCCUCGAAUCGGCCGGCUCCAGCACCCGCUGCUCACCAGCUGGAAGUCCGCCAGGCAAAGCUGCAGCGUCUGCGCGGAGACGGACGUCAGAUCGACAUCUGCGCAAUUCAGCAAUCCGCUUUGCUGGUCCCCGCAAGUGCCACAAUUCCGCCCUACCGGUUCUGUCGCCCUAUCGACACCUGCGUGUUCCGUGAGACUGAACGCUUUGCGGCGUUCACUCACGCGAUCAUGCAGGAUAACGAUAGGGCGGAUGAGCUCACGGCGGCAUAUAUGGGCAGGGGCUGGCUCCAUGAGCAGCCAAGUCGGCAGAGUGAUAUCGACAUUGUCGCUCUGGAGACCUUUGAGCGCCUGAUGGACAAGGGUCUUGACCGCGAGGAUAUCGACCGCUCGCGGAUCCUGCCGCUCCACAGCGACGUCAUCGUCGAUCUGGAUAUCCUCCGCGACCUCCCUCCGUUCCCUACUGCCUCUACAGACGCCACUGGAUCCACCUCUCGUGCUAAGGCGUGGCAGGGCAUUUUACCUGUCGCGGCCGAAAGCUUUGUCGAUGAUCCAGAGCGCCUUCACCUGGACGCCCAGGCAAGGCUGUGUCCUCGGCGAGAUUGCAGGACGUUUGGGUGUCAGCUACACAGUACAUUGACUGUGGUCAAGCCACAACCAACACUUCGCUCGACCGAGCCACUCACCGGCUUCGAUCCUGUCGGCGAGUCUCCAUGCUCUGGGUCGUGCUAUCGCCGGCCAGCCCCCUCAGACCCGCUGGUACACGAGCACUGGCCCGAAGCUCACGUCUACAAGCUUCAGGAGUGCUUGGAUUGGCUGCCCGACACCAACAGCUGUGCGCUCAGAACUGUUUUUCCCCGCCGUUCUUGCGCCGAGUUGCAUCGGAAGAUUGCUCUGCUGCGAAUGAACCCCGCCCGAAACCCAUCUCAAAGCAACGAUGUUGCGAUCGCCGCUCCCAAAGGCUGCACUUGUCACUCUGUGCGCCAGAAAGGCAAGGCAGCAACAUCACGCUCCUCCUUCUGCGGGGGAGAGUCGUGCCCUUGCCGAGCAGCUGGCAGAGAGUGCGACCCCGAGCUUUGCCAUCCUUCGACUGAAGCGGAAGACUGGGACAGUAUCCUCUCCGAAUCCCCCAAACCACCCUCUUGCGGCACAUGCACAAACAUGCAGCUCCAGAGACUUCCGCUUGGGCCGUCUACGGAUUUCCGCGUCGGUAUUAGCAAAACCUCCGGUUAUGGUCUCUUUGCACGUGUCCCCAUCUCGAACAAUAAGCCCAUUUUCGAGUAUACGGGCGAGCAUAUCCCGAACGCUGAAUCGGACAACAGGUCUCUUUUCUACGCCGUAUCAAAAAGGAACUACCUUUUCGACGUUGUCGGAUGGCUUGGUUUCACCCUCGAUGCCGGUCUGAUGGGCAAUGACGCACGGUAUAUAAACACCGUGUAUGGCCUAGAAGCGGUUAAGAGGAGGAAGAUCAACACCGAUGCCGCCUCUGUGGAAGCGCAGGGGCGGAAUAGGAUCUUGAUCAGGACCAAUAAGUCCCGUCAGAAGAUCUCUGCCGGAGAGGAGUUGUUCCUCGACUAUGGCGAAAUGUUCACCGUCAAGAGCAAAAUCUCCCAGCUCAACAGUCAGAGAGAGAGGAAAAGGGAGGAGAAGAAGGAGAGGCAGGAGAAACGGCGCUAG